AUGUAUGUCGUGCUGGACAAUGAGAAUGAAUGUUGGGUUGUGUCUAGAUUAGAACUGAGGCAUUCUCACCCUUGUUCGGCUGAGAAAGAUGUCCAUUAUCAUGAGUACCGGGAGCUGACCAUGCAUGCUAAGUGCGUCAUUACGGAUAACGACGAGGCUGGAAUAAGACCCAACAAGACGUAUCUAGCACUGGCAAACGAGGUUAGUGGGUCCGCAAACCUGGGUUUUUUAGAAAAGGAUGUCAGAAAUUACAUCACACGCAAUCUCCGAUGUUCCGAUGACAACGAGGACUUCCAGGGGAUGAUGAAUUAUUUUGUUCGAAUGAAGGAGAUCAAUCCCAACUUCUUCUAUGCAAUAGAUGUUGACGAUGCUAAUAAGUUUAGGAGCGCACUUUGGGUAGAUGCAAGGCAUGGUCUGCCGUUUGCAUCCUUUGUAGGUGUAAACUACCAUGGGAAGUCUACUCUUCUUGGCUGUGCUUUACUUGGGAGCGAGGAGAUCCCUAGUUUUGAGUGGGUAUUCACGCAGUGGGUGAGAUGCGUCGGAUCUGCACCAAGGGAGAUUAUCACUGACCAGUGCAAGGCGAUGACUGGGGCUAUUGGGAAUGUCCUACCCGACACUGUCCACCGAUGGUGCAUCUGGCACAUAAUGAAAAAAUCACAAUUCAAGCUUGGUGGAUACGCUAGGUACGGAGAACUGCAUGCAGUGAUGAAUCACAUUGUGUGGAAUUCUCCUUCGAUUGAAUCAUUCAAGUCUGAUUGGGCUGGUUUCAUCAAACAAUUCAAGUUAGGCCAAAACAGAUGGUUAGCAGUGUGUCUGGAUGUUCCUGACCAUUUGUUUCUUUUGGGCAGACCUUUACGUGAAUCGACAGAAUUUGUCCAUGAAUACGACAAUGUCCUCGGAACCAAGGAGCAAAAGGAGCUGGAAGAUGAUGCUGCAGACUCGAAAGGUUUUAUCCCAUGUAUAGGGAGCACGGGCAUUGAGAGACAGUUUCAGCAGGAAUACACCAGUAGUAUGUUCAGGAUUCUUCAACUGGAGGUAAGAAAAAAAACCGAUUGCGUGGUUCGGUCAAUUGAAAAAAAAGGAGAUACAAUUUCUAUUACGGUGGAUGAGCAGAAGUUUUUCUGGGGGAAGCCAGUCUACCAUACUUUUAGGGUCGACUUUGACCCUUUGAGUCAAAAGAGUCAGUGCGAGUGCAACAAGUUUGAAUCCGCUGGUAUAUUGUGUUGCCACACCCUUGCGGUCUGGUCAUACUACAGAGUUGACAUAGUACCGAGCUGCUACGUUCUUCCUCGAUGGAGUAAGAAUGUCAUCCGCAAGCAUACUUAUGUCAAGAGUAGCCAUGACGUGGCUCGGAGUGAUGAAAGCAACAACUUGUUCAGGCAUCUGUGUUCAGAGUUCUAUAAUGUUACGCAGGAAUUUGUUGCUUGUGAUGAGGAAGCAGCCAUCUUGCGAGCUGCCCUUUGGGAUGCAAAGUCCAAGCUGAUUGAUUACCGUGCCAGCAUGCGUUCCAAUACUACUGCUGCAUCUCAGAAUACCGUGCUCACACAGAGCACAGGCGGUGCGGUUGUACAUGACAUUCAGGGACCCUCAAGAGUCAAGACCAAAGGACGGCCUAAGGGUAAGAGACUUGGAGCAGAGUUGGACAAGUCAAUUAAGAAAUCAAUGCAAAAAAGGAAUAGGAAAUCACACCCGGAUGAGGUUCACCUUCCGUCAGAUAAUGAUCAUCAUGGGUCCCAUAAUAAAAGAUGUGAGGAUUCUACUAUGUGGAACUCAUCAGAAGGUGGCGGAUUCAUGCACCUGUUGAAUUCCUUUAGGCAUAUAUAG